CGGUGUCAGCCUCCCUGACCCACCAUCAGCUGUACGGGAUAGAAGCUUGAAUGAGUGCUCUUUCGUGCACUCACCAUGCCUUUAGAGGUGAGAUGGCCGUUUCCGGACUGCCCCCGCCUGGGCUGGAGGGUCUCCAGCUCUUUGGUCAUGGGCAUGGUGGGAUCAUACAGUUACUUAUGGACCAAGUACAUGAACUCCCUUACAGUUCACAACCAGAAUGUUCUUCUGGACCUGAUUGAAGAUCGGCCAGCAGACACACCCCUUAUUACACUGUCUAAUCACCAGUCCUGCAUGGAUGACCCACACAUCUGGGGUGUCUUGAGGCUUCGGCAGCUGUGGAACUUUAAGAAAAUGAGGUGGACCCCGACUGCCUCGGAUAUCUGCUUCACAAAAGAACUGCACUCUCGAUUUUUCAGUAGAGGGAAGUGUGUGCCUGUGUGUCGGGGUGAUGGAGUUUAUCAGAGAGGUAUGGACUUUUUGUUGGAAAGACUGAACCGAGGAGAAUGGGUACACAUAUUCCCAGAAGGAAAAGUUAACUUGACUCAGGAGUUUAUCAGAUUAAAAUGGGGAGUGGGUCGAUUGAUAGCCGAAUGUACUCUUCACCCUAUCAUUUUACCUAUGUGGCAUGUAGGUAUGAACGAUGUCCUACCAAAUAAUCCUCCUUAUAUUCCUCGGGCGGGACAUAGAAUAACAGUUCUGGUGGGGAAACCCUUUACAGUCAAACACCUGGUGGAUGGAUUAAGAGCAGAAAACAAAAGUCAGAUGGAGAUGAGGAAAGCCUUGACUGACUUCAUUCAGGGGGAGUUUCGCAGUCUUCGGUCACAGGCUGAGGCUCUUCAUCAGCGAAUACAGACCCGAGCGUGACAUCUGACCUUUGAUCCCUGGUUUGGGUCUACCUUUUGGGAAACCCCAUGGACAUGGAAAUGCUGAAAGAUACGACAUACACAAAUCUGCCUCAUGAACUGGGAUACACACACCUUCACCUUUGUAAGGUGGAUCUCAGUGAAACUGGAUGUCUGAAUUCAUAGUUAGGAUGACCUUUUUUUUGGGGGGGGCAGCAGCUGGAGGUUACUGUUUCAUGCACCAGCCCAAAUGUAUUAUAUAAAAUGAACUGGAUCAUCCAAGUUAGACUGGGAGAACCUAGACUGGAGAACUACGAACUGCUCUAGUAGUCAUCUGAAAUUUUAAGCAGUGUGAUUUUGGUUAUAAGAAUAGCACUAAUGCAGCGUACUUCAGUGCUGGUCUCUUGGCUGUAUCAGAACACGUGACUAAUCGGACGUUUUAGAAAUAUGACAGUUGAUUACCUUUUAAAAAAAAAGAAAAAAAAAAGUUUUACAAUGUUCAUAUUUUACAAACAGUUAUGCCAGUUUGUAAGACACAAAGAUUCUGCAUGAGCCUUUGCAAUGCCAAUCUUUCAUUCUGACUGAGAUUUUGUUCAUUUUAUAUGUUAUU